AUGGCUCGUAAAAUUGCGAAAGCUGUAACAACGCGUGGGAACGUACAGCCGAGUGACGUUUGCGUGAGUCCUCUGACAUCAGGUAGAGGUGACCUUAACACCGUCUGGAUACAAUGCCCUAUUAUGUGUGCGGAUCAAAUGCAAAAGGAUGGUGGACUUCGCAUAGGCUGGUCUAGGGUACUCCUGGUGCCAUUGGCAAAGCGGAGACUUCAAUGUUAUAGGUGCUUCGCUGUUGGGCAUACUAGGGCCAAUUGCAGGAGCGCCGUUAAUAAGAGUAAUGUCUGGUUUAAUUGUGGCGGGAGGGACAUACGGCCAUUGGCUGCAAGGCCUCUUCAUUGCCCGGUUUAUGCAGCGAGAAAUCUGUCUGGGCAUAGAGCAGGAAGGGACGGUUGCGCCCCUUACAAUCGCUCGAUAAGGGCAGCGACGAGUGAGGGGGCUGAUAACAGCAACAGAAGAAAUGAUGUGCGAGUGGAGAAGAGUCUGGUUGUUCGGAAGUCUGAGGCUGUUUCCCCUACAGAUGAGAGGGUGUCAGUUGAUGCUCCCAAUGGCUAA